GGCUAAUUUUUGUAUUUUUAGUAGAGACAGGGUUUCACCAUGUUGGCCAGAAUGGUCUCAAACUCCUGACCUCGUGAUCCACCUGCCUUGGCCUCCCAAAGUGCUAGGAUUACAGGCGUGAGCCACUGUGCCUGGCCUCUUGUCAGUCUAUUUCUAUUCCUCCUCCUCCUUGUAAAUCAAUCCCCAAGUUAUGUUCACUGGACCUCCUAAAUAUCUCGAGUUUACCCAAUUAUCUCCAUCCUACUGUGACUACGCUAGGUUAGGCUGCUUUCAUCAAGUACUCGGGUAGUUGCACUACCUCUAACUGGUAUCCCGGCCUCCUCUCUUAUCCUCUCUGUAAUCCAAUCUCUACCCUGCAGCCAGGGUAGAGAUUAAAUUUAUAAGAUGUAAAUUUAAUCAUGCCACUCUCCUACUUAAACCUUUCAAAGCUUCCCCAUCUGCCUACAGGAUCAAGUCCAAACUCUCACGUGGCUUAUACGGUCCUACCAUGAUCUGGCUCCUGUUGUUCACUACAGCCUUAACUCUUUAUAAUAUGAACUCUUUUCAUUCCUUGUACAGAGUAUGCUCUUGUCUCAAGGUCUCCAGGAGCACUAGGCCCUCCUCUUUACCUUGCUGACUUAUGCUACAGGUCACACCUUCACACAUUUCUUCUGGGACCACUCCUUCCCAGCCCCUACCCUCUGUGGGUCAGGCACUCUUGUUUUUCACUUCCACACCCCGUGCACACUCUUCUGUAUAAUUCAUCAUAUUGUAUUGUAUCUACAGGCAGUGAACCCCUUGAGCACGGGGCCCGCGCCUGGCUUGUUUCUCCGCCGAGUCUCCAGCACCUAGGACAGGGCCUGGCACGAAGUAGGUGCACAGUGAGUAGUGAAUACUGGAGUGAAUAGGUGCAAGAGGGCUGGUGUCUUUUGGAAAGCAGCGCUCAGUGGCUGAGAACUCCUGGGUUCCCUGCUGGGCAAGGGUUAGGCGUACAUUUGCCAGGGUGUUAAAGAAGGAACGCAGAGUUCAAAUCCCAACUCCACUUAGCCUUCCCCACACUGCGGCGGCGCCGCGCCUUUUUUCCGACCCAACUGAGCCGGAAGCGGAGGCUCGGGCUUCCCAUGAUGCCCCGCGAGACCUUUAUUCUAACCGCAAGGAGUAGCCGUAGGGAGGUCGUGAUGGCGGCGCCGGAGUCGGAGGUUCUGUCCCCAGCCGCAGUUCCUGAUUUGGAGUGGUAUGAGAAGUCCGAAGAAACUCACGCCUCCCAGAUAGAACUACUUGAGACAGGCUCUACGCAGGAACCUCUCAACCCUUCGGAGUCCUUUUGCCCAAGAGACUGCAUGGUACCAGUGGUGUUUCCUGGGCCUGUGAGCCAGGAAGGCUGCUGUCAGUUUACUUGUGAACUUCUAAAGCAUAUCAUGUACCAACGCCAGCAACUCCCUCUGCCCUAUGAACAGCUUAAGCACUUUUACCGAAAACCUUCUCCCCAGGCAGAGGAGAUGCUGAAGAAGAAAUCUCGGGCCACCACUGAGGUGAGCAGCAGGAAAUGCCAACAAGCCCUGGCAGAACUGGAGAGUGUCCUCAGCCACCUGGAGGACUUCUUUGCGCGGACACUAGUACCGCGAGUGCUGAUUCUCCUUGGGGGCAAUGCCCUAAGUCCCAAGGAGUUCUAUGAACUCGACUUGUCUCUGCUGGCCCCCUACAGCGUGGACCAGAGCCUGAGCACAGCAGCUUGUUUGCGCCGUCUCUUCCGAGCCAUAUUCAUGGCUGAUGCCUUUAGCGAGCUUCAGGCUCCUCCACUCAUGGGCACCAUCGUCAUGGCACAGGGACACCGUGACUGCGGAGAAGAUUGGUUUCGACCCAAGCUCAACUAUCGAGUGCCCAGCCGGGGCCACAAACUGACUGUGACCCUGUCAUGUGGCAGACCUUCCAUCCGAACCAUGGCUUGGGAAGACUACAUUUGGUUCCAGGCACCAGUGACACUUAAAGGCUUCCGCGAGUGAAUGAGUGCUUCUUAAUCCUAAAAACACAAUGGCUGAAUUAUCUUUCUCCACGUGGCACGGAAUCACCCAUCUAGGUUGGAGCUAGAGUUGCUUCCUGGUGAGAGAGGAAGCAACUCUCCUGGUUGUCGGCCUCCCUCCUCAGAUUUCCUGACAGGCUGAUGGCAACGUGGCUGUAAUCAUUGCUGAACAACAUCUCUUUGAAUCAAAGGUUGAUUUUCCCAGAGGUGCUGGGUCAGGCGAUUCUGUUAGGGGUUGGAAAGCAAAGAUGGGUCCAUAGACACUCUAUGGAGGUGUCCCUUUCUGCUCUUUGCUGUGUCCUUUCAGAAUUUUUACCAGGAACAUAAUGUGGAUGUGACUUAUAAACUUAAAUAUAAAAUAAAUAGAUUCUUAUUAUA